GUGGGAUUUUGUCGAGGCAGUGGAUUGGGUUGUCACCGGGUUAACCUCCACAAAUCCCCAAAAUGAGUGUUCCAGACAAGUUUGGAAAGAUAGACAUGUGGAAAAAAAUAGGUCUGACAUGGCAUUGUCAGACGGGUGGCCCAAAUCCAAUGACUCAGUUGCCACCCAGAAAACCAACAGUCCUAAUUCGGGGAACCCGCUGGAUAUUCCUCAUAUCUGGAAUAUUCUAUGGAGCCACGAGAUUAUCUUUCCUGACCAAGAGGGAGAAGCCAAUUACUGAGCUUCAUGAAACUCUAGAAGCAUUCGCUCAUGAACGUCGCAAAGCCUACAGGAGGGAAUUUGACGACCAGGAGAUGCUCGCUCUCUAUUAUGACGUGAUAGGAGUAGACAAGGCCGACGAUCCCACUCAAAAGAAGCACUAGGAUACAGGAUCCCAGUCAUGAUCCCAUUAAACUGUUGAGACUCAUCUCUGUUGGACCAUCAGACAUACGUUUGAAAUAUGAAUCUGUAUUUUACCAUCUGAUCUGGUGUGCGUGGAUAUGAAAUUGUGAUUCUAAGAAAACUAAGAAAGAAUAUUUUACUCGUUAUGAUUAUUAGAAAAAGGUGUUUACAUGUAUGAUAAUAGAAUUGAAAUACUUGCAUGUUAUUUAACAUCUGGAAUGAUUAUGCCCUUUUUAUGGUGUCUAAAUACAUUCAAAUGUGUGUGAUGAAAAGUUGUUUGAUUUAUUGUGUAUUAAAUAGUAACCAUUACAAUUAUUA